AUGAGAGUAGUGGACAUGAUGAUGAAGAUGAUGAUAGUGGUGACGAAGAUGAUCGUGAUGAUGAGAAUAGUAAAUAAUAGUGAUGAUGGUGAUGAUGAUGGUGGUGAUGAUGGUGGUGAUGAUGGUGGUGAUGAUGGUGGUGAUGAUGGUGGUGGUGAUGAUGGUGAUGAUGAUGGUGAUGAUGAUGGUGGUGAUGAUGGUGAUGAUGAUGGUGGUGAUGAUGGUGGUGAUGAUGGUGGUGGUGAUGGUGGUGAUGAUGGUGGUGAUGAUGGUGGUGAUGAUGAUAGUGCUGAUGAUAUGAUCGUGAUGACGAGAAUAGUGAUGAUGAUGGCCUGGUGGUGAUGAUGGUGGUGAUGAUGGUGGUGAUGAUGAUGGUGAUGAUGGUGAUGAUGGCGAUGAUAGUGAUGACGAUGGUGGUGAUGGAGAUGAUGGUGAUGACGAUGAUGGUGAUGAUGAUAGUGCUGAUGAUAUGAUCGUGAUGACGAGAAUAGUGAUGAUGAUGGCCUGGUGGUGAUGAUGGCGAUUAUAGUGAUGAUGAUGGUGAUGAAAGGGGUGGUCAUGAAGAUGAUGGUGGUUGUGAUGAUGAUGGUGAUGAUAGUGCUGAUGAAGAAGAUCGUGAUGAUGAGAAUAGUGAUAAUAGUGAUGAUGGUGAUGAUGAUGAGGGCGAUGAUAGUGAUGAUAAUGAUGGUGGUUGUGACGAUGAUGGUAAUUGA